GAGGACGAGGGAUAUCAGAGCGAAAGAAAUAACAUAAGAGGCCUCGGUGACUCGCUGACCGGGAGGCCCGGGGCCGUCUCCGCUUCGGCUGUCGCGCGCGUGUGUGCGCGUCUGUUGUGUGUGUGUGUGUGUGUCUUUCUGUCCCGUGUGGAUUGUAAACAGCGGCAAUGGAGAGGGAGCGCGGGGCUCCGGGCCCUGCAGGCCCAGCGACGCGGCUUCCAGGUGAGGUCUACAAUGGGAUCAAUGGUAUGUCGGGGGAGAGUGGCCCUGGGAAGAGACUAAGAAAGUUGCCCACGAUGGGGGACGGACUAGAAAAUACACAGAUGUCUUCAGUUCAGUCACAGGCUCAACCCCAACAACCAAGUAAUGUUAUCGUCAAUCCUGCCGCUCCCGAAACAGCCAACCCAAACCGACCCAAGAGACUCACCAAUCAGCUCCAGUUCCUGUUGAAAGUUCUCCUAAAGACUAUAUGGAAACACCAGUUCGCUUGGCCUUUCCAGCAGCCUGUGGACGCAGCAAAACUCAACCUGCCUGAUUACUAUAAAAUUAUCAAGAGCCCUAUGGACAUGGGAACAAUUAAGAAGCGCUUAGAAACCAACUACUACUUGAAUGCCCAAGAAUGUAUUCAAGACUUCAACACCAUGUUUACCAACUGUUACAUCUACAACAAGCCGGGGGAUGACAUUGUCUUAAUGGCAGAAGCCUUGGAAAAGAUUUUUCUUCAGAAAAUUUCCGAUAUGCCACAGGACGAGAUCGAAAUACCGUUACAACCUCCCAAAGGAUCGCGGGGUCGAGGCAGGAAAGAGUCAGCCGUUCAGUCUAAACCCGGGGGGUCAACCAUACAGACUGUGGCACAGACAACAAUAUCAGCACCAACAACACCACAGCCCCCACCACCGCUCCCCACUCAGCGGGCACCUCCCCCAUCACAGCCGGCACCACCACUACAGCAGCUCCCCCCUGUGCCAGUGCCAGCACCCCCUCCUGCACCUCCACCUCAGACGUUUCCUCUCCCGACUCCUGACCUGAUCGUCCAGACGCCCAUCACAACUGUCUCCCCGCACACGUCAGCCCCCCCCAUGCCCAACCUCACGCCGACACCGAUGACCACAACAGCACAACCGACAAAGCCUAAGAAGGGCGUGAAGAGGAAAGCUGACACGACGACCCCGACCACCAUCGUCCCGGUGAAGAGCCGCGAGUCCUCUCCGCUGAUGACUGAACCCAAACCCGCCAAGAUCCCAUCCAGAAGCGGCCGGCCCCCGAAGCCCACCAAGAAAGAUGUGCCCGACUCCCAGCAGCAACAUCUGGAGAAGAGUGGGGGUGGCGUCGUGGUCAUUGGUGCAGGUGGGAGCCUGGGCGUCGGAGUUGGUGUCGGUGUUGGAAUUGGUAUUGGUGGUGGUGUGGUUGUCGGAGGAGGUGGAAACAUUAAGGUCUCUGAACAGUUGAAAUACUGUAGUGGCAUUCUAAAAGAAAUGUUUGCGAAGAAGCACGCAGCCUACGCCUGGCCCUUCUAUAAACCCGUGGACGUCGAGGCCCUGGGACUGCACGAUUAUCACGAUAUUAUUAAACACCCCAUGGAUCUCAGCACCAUCAAAACAAAAUUGGACAGUAAACAGUACGGCGACGCUCAGGAAUUCGCCGCAGAUGUUCGGUUGAUGUUCUCCAAUUGUUACAAAUACAACCCUCCCGAUCAUGAGGUUGUGGCCAUGGCACGCAAACUGCAGGACGUGUUUGAGAUGCGUUUCGCAAAGAUACCAGAUGAGCCUGUUGAACCCGUGGUUCCAUCACCUCCUCCUGUGCCGCCUCCUGCCACCCAGGCCUCCUCUUCCUCCUCCAGCGACAGCAGCAGUGACAGCUCAUCCGACAGUGACAGCAGCACAGACGACUCUGAGGAAGAACGGGCACAGAGACUGGCUGAGCUACAAGAACAGUUGAAAGCGGUACAUGAGCAGCUGGCUGCCCUUUCCCAACCACAACUGUCCAAACCAAAGAAAAAGGAGAAAGACAAGAAAGAAGAGAAGAAGAAAGAGAAAGAAAAGGAAAAGGAGAAAGAGAAGGAAAGGCACAAAAAGAAAGAGGAGGUGGAGGUGGAGAAGAAGAAGAGCAAAGCUAAGGAUACGCAGCCAAAAAAGUCAAAGAAAAACAGUGCAAAUAGCAGAAACCUGAAGAACAGCAAACCUGGUCCUGUGUAUGACUCUGAGGAGGAAGACAAAUGCAAGCCCAUGACGUACGAGGAGAAGAGGCAGCUGAGCCUGGAUAUAAAUAAACUUCCCGGCGACAAAUUGGGCCGAGUCGUCCACAUCAUACAGUCCCGCGAGCCCUCGCUGAGGAACUCAAACCCCGACGAGAUUGAAAUAGACUUUGAGACGUUAAAACCCUCCACGUUGCGAGAACUGGAGCGAUACGUUACAUCAUGUUUACGGAAAAAGGCGCGGAAACCUCAAGUGAAAAAAGUUCCAGGGAAAUCGAAUGAUGACCUCCAACUAGACUCGAAGAGCGAGCUGGACACCAGGUUACACGACGUCAGUGGACAGCUGAGCUCCGGCAAGAAACUGAGCCGAAAAGCAGAGAAGCACGACGUAAGCAUGGACACCGGGGGUCCCUCCAGGAUCAGGAGCAGCAGCAGCUCGUCGGAGUCGGACAGCAGUAGUGACUCCAGCUCCUCUGACAGUAACGACUCUGAAACAGAGAUGCCAUCCAAACCCAAACACGGCAGCCACAAGACUCGCUCAGGACGGGAGCAAAAGAAGCACCAUCACCAUCACCACCACCAGACAGCACAGCCACUGAAGCCUCCGUCGCCGCAGUUCGUACCCACGUCGCUGCCGGUGAUGGAGCCCCAGAUACUGACAAACGCCUACGACGCCAUGCCUCACUUCGGGCAGCCUCUGAUGCACCUUCCCCACCAGAGCGAGCUCGCAUCCCACCUGCCAGGGCCCCCCGACCAGCACUCCCCUCCCCACCUCAGCCAGCAUUCGGUAGUGGCUCCCCCAGCUUUGCACAGCAGUCUGCCUCAACAGCCCUCGAGACCCAGCGGGAAAGCCGCCCCAUUACCUCCCAAACCCCCUCGUCCCCUCGCUCCCUCCCCCCCGCUGGUCCCGCAGCCUUUACUGCAGCCCCCGGCCCUCCUGGAGGAAGAGGAGCCCCUCAAUCCCCGCCACACCCUCCCGCUCCAACCCAGUCAGAUGCACCUGUACCUUCAGCACCUGCAGAAGGUGCAGAACCAGACCCCGCUCCUCUCGACGGUGCAGACCGCCAGCCAGCCCCUCCCCCACAGCCAGCCCCCGCCUCUCCCCCACCCCCACCCCCACCCCCAGCCCCCGCCACACCCCCAGCCGCCCCAACACCCCCAGCCUCCGCCUCACCCCCAGCCUCCGCCGCAACAACAGCAGCAGCUUCAGCAGCGGCAGCUCCACAUGCAGGCCAUGCAGUUCCCCGCUCACUUGCAGCCGCCCCCACCCCAACAGCAGCCACAGCCACCCCCGCAUCACCAGCCUCACCAGCCUCCACAGCAAGCCAAACCCCAGCAAGUCAUCCAGCACCACCACUCGCCCCGACAGCCCAAGCCAGACCCCUACUCCACCGCUCACUUGACAGACGUGCCCUCGCCUCUCUUGAUGCAUUCCCCACCGCUCUCGCAGUUCCCGUCUCUUAUCCAGUCACCACCGAGAAACGUACAGGUUAAAAACCAGGAACCCCGAACUCCCUCGAUAGUGCAAUCGCAGCCUAUGGUCAGCGUGAAGGAUGAGAAGACGCACUCUUCGCCAGUUAUCCGAAAUGAGCCGUUCAGCCCCUCGAUUCGCCAGGAACAGUCAAAGCGUCAGGAGGGCUCCAAGCCGCCUCCACACCUUGCACACCGACCGGAGAUGAAACACAUGGAAGGUGCUGGGCCUGUGAUUCGGCCUCCAGAGCACAGCUCACAGCCUUCCCCUCAGGACAAGGACAAGCCGAAACAACAAACUCCCAAAACCCCCGUCGCUCCCAAAAAGGACCUGAAGAUCAAGAACAUGGGGUCGUGGGCGAGUCUGGUGAAGAAGACACCCUCCACGCCCUCGUCCACGGUGAAAUCGUCGAGCGACAGUUUCGAACACUUCCGACGAGCAGCGCGGGAAAAGGAGGAGAGGGAGAAGGUCCUGAAGGCACAGGAAGAGAUCCGUAAAAUGCAGCAGGAGGCGGCGGAGAAAGAGCGCUUGCGGAUGGAGCAGGAGAGACAGCGGGGUCGGGACGAGGAGGAUGCGUUGGAGUGCGCUCGGAGGGCACACGAGGAUGCCAGGAGGCGACAGGAGCAUCAACAGCAGCAUCAACAGCAACAUCAACAGCAACAUCAACAGCAGCAUCAACAGCAACAGCAGCAGCAGCAGCAGCAACAACAACAACAACAACAGCAGCAGCAGCAGCAGCAGCAGCAGCAACAACAGCAGAGCUCCCAGGCCAGCUCCCAGUCGAUGCUGGAUCAGCAGCGAGAAAUGGCGCGGAAGAGAGAGCAGGAACGCAGACGGAGGGAGGCGAUGGCAGCUACGAUUGACAUGAAUUUUCAGAGCGACUUAAUGGCAAUAUUCGAAGAGAAUCUCUUCUGAGCCGAUGUGGAUCCUGACUCGUGAAAGUUACUACCAAACUUUUUCCACGCGUAAGACGUGGCAGCGUAGUUGUCAGCAGAGUCCCCUCCUCCCCACCCAACCC